AUGAGUCGCGUAAGCUCCAUCAUCGUGGCAGUCAUAAUGCUUAUUUGCCCUGCGAAAUGCUGGCCGACCUCACAGUUCGACCAGUUCUUCCCCAGUUGGAAUGGUAUGCUCCAGGAGAUGCUCCAGGACUCAUGUAGUGACUGGCUGGCUGGUUAUAAGAACCAAACAGAAAAUGCAUACAGAGUUGUAGACUGUCUUUUAGACGAACUUAAAGAGUAUCGCAAAAUCGAGAUGGCAGCCAGUGCUGUUAAUCCUUGGUCUACUUCCCAUGAUCCUGCAGAGCUUGGACAACUCGACAGUAGAUCUGGCGCUCCUGGGAAUUCGACGACCACUACUCGCUAUACUGCUCUCCAUAUCAAAUCCUGCAUCAUCAAUGACCAGCAGCGACACUUGGAUCCCGCUGUCCAUCGAUAG